GCGGGAGCACAGCCGGCCGGACUCCCAGCGGGCGGCAUGAGCGGCGGGCUGCUCCUGCGCGCCGGGGCCUCGGGGCGGGCCUGCUGGGCUGUCACCACCCGCCGGCGCCUGCCGCGAGCGGGUCCGCCGAGCCGAACUUUCGCCAAAGACCUCUUCCUGGGCAAAAUCGAGAAGAAAAAAGUUUUCCCAUUUCCAGAAGUUAGCCAAGAUGAACUCAAUGAAAUCAAUCAGUUGGUGGCACCCGUGGAAAAAUUCUUCUCUGAAGAAGUGGACUCUCGAAAAAUUGACCAGGAAGGAAAAAUUCCAGACGAAACUUUCCAGAAAUUGAAGAGCCUAGGGCUUUUUGGGAUGCAAAUUCCGGAAGAGUAUGGUGGCCUGGGCCUCUCCAACACCAUGUACUCACGGCUGGGGGAGAUCAUUAGCCAAGACGCGUCCAUCGCCGUGACCCUGGCGGCACACCAGGCCCUUGGCCUCAAGGGGAUCCUCUUGGCUGGCAGUGAGGAGCAGAAGGCCAGGUACCUGCCCAAGCUGGCUUCAGGGGAGCACAUCGCAGCCUUCUGCCUGACGGAGCCGGCCAGUGGGAGUGACGCGGCCUCCAUCCGGACCAGAGCCACACUGAGUGAGGAUAAGAAGCACUACAUUCUCAAUGGCUCCAAGGUCUGGAUCACUAACGGAGGGCUGGCCACUGUUUUCACUGUGUUUGCAAAGACUGAGGUUGUCGCCCAGGACGGCUCAGCCAAAGACAAAAUUACAGCAUUCAUCGUGGAAAGAGGCUUUGGGGGCGUCACCAGUGGGAAACCUGAAGAUAAGCUGGGCAUCCGGGGCUCUGACAAAAUGACCGCCGAAUAUGCCUGCACAAGGAAACAGUUCAACAAGAACCUCAGUGACUUUGGAUUAAUCCAGGGAAAGUUUACGCUGAUGGCCCAGAAGGCAUACGUAAUGGAGAGCAUGGCCUACCUCACUGCUGGGAUGCUAGACCAGCCGGGCUUCCCCGACUGCUCCAUCGAGGCAGCCAUGGUGAAGGGCACCAACGAGAUUCUCCGGAUGUACGUCGCCCUGACAGGUCUGCAGCAUGCCGGCCGCAUUUUGACCUCAAGGAUCAACCAGCUCAGACGGGGCAAAGUGACCGCCGUCAUGGAGACCAUCAGCCAGAGACUUCGAGACUCUCUGGGCCGAACCAUGGACCUGGGGCUGGCAGGCGAUCUUGGCAUCAUACACCCCAGUCUUGUGGAUAGCGCCAGCAAGCUCGAGGAGAAUGUGUAUUACUUUGGCCGGACCAUCGAGACAUUGCUGCUCCGCUUUGGCAAGACCCUCGUGGAGGAGCAGCUGCUGCUGAAGCGGGUGGCCGACAUCCUCAUCAACCUGUACGGCAUGACGGCCGUGCUGUCGCGUGCCAGCCGCUCAGUCCGUGUCGGGCUGCGGAACCACGACCACGAGAUGCUCCAGAAAACUUGGAUGAGCAGAGUAAGAAAGUUGCCCAGCAGGUCCUCGAGAAGCGAGCCUACGUCUGUGCCCACCCUCUGGACAGGACGACCUGAGCAGGGGACAGUGCUCCCUACAACCACCUGCCGCAGGCAUUGGAUAACUGACUCUUCAGAAGAUGGAGAACUCGGGGUUCUUGCAAGUUCCCAGAUUACCACCAGAGGUCUUUCUCCUCCCUGAGGGAACCUCUAGGUUUGGACCUUCAGGCCCUGCUGUCUGAGUGCUCACAGCUGCUGAAUGGAGAAGACACGGAGCUGCUGAGGAAACACCAGUGCGGGCAGCUCGAGCUGGGGCCCCCAUGGCGUGCCCGGCAGGGAGAGCUGCUUCUACCACCCCACACCUUCUCUAGGGAACAGCUGGGGCCCCCAUGGCGUGCCCGGCAGGGAGAGCUGCUUCUACCAGCCCACACCUUCUCUAAGAAACAGCUGGGGCCCCCAUGGUGUGCCCGGCAGGGAGAGUUGUUUCUACCAGACCACACCUUCUCUAAGAAACAGCUCGAAGUGCCGUGUACAGGUCUGUCAUUUAAACAAGACACAAAACUCAUAAGACCUGUACCAGGACCCAUUGAAUGAAGAAGAAUGCAGAUGUCAUGGUGUGCGUGCACUUCUGGCCUUGGCUGGGCCUCUCGCAGUGUGACCCCCAGAACUACUCCUUGUGAUGGCUUCCAACCCCUUGUCCUCACCCUGGCACGUGCCCAUUCCAGGGCCACAGAAUCUUAGGGGUUAUUGUGGAUCCUUCUUGGGUGAUGCCUGGUAUAAAAUAGCAUAUACUUGAUCCCA